AUGCCGACGCUGAUGCAGUUGCUCGUGUCGUUGCUGAUCCUGGCACACACUACAGCGUGCGAAUUCACCAACCCUGGAACGCAAAAUGAGGUUUUGAUUCUCGGACAGCCUCUUAAUGUCACAUAUCGGGGAAUAAAGUAUCAGAACUAUUCCAUUGCCCUGUGGCAGCAAUUUCCAAAAGGAGGAGGAGCAAUUUUGGGUCCAGCCAUCUACGAGACAAGAGGUUACCCCUCCAGCGGCUUUGCGUGGAUUGUACAGCUGUACGACUUUGACCUAGACUACUCCGACAGGUUCUUCUUCUGGCUGUUUGAAGGCGACUACUCGAACCAGGGCUACCCUAGCGAGGUCGGAUCAAUGGUGUCUGGCUACUUUAUAAUUUCCACGUCCAAGACGUCCGCCUCCCCUUCCCCCUCGCCGAGUGCAACGGCCACGUCUACGACAACGACGGCGGCGGCGACGGCGACGGCCACCAGCCAGACAAGUGCGACUCCCACGCCACUCGGCGGCCAAGGCCUAUCGACUCAUGCCAAAAUUGGAAUCGCCCUAGGCGCCCUCGCUGCUGGUCUCGCACUCAUCGUCGCAGUUGGGUUCUUCCUGCGGUAUAGAUGCCAGAAGAAGAGGACAAGGCCGGGCGUAUCGGGCAACAGCGUUUUUUAUUCAACACCAUACUGCUCGCCAGUACACCCGGACACUGACUUGUUAUACAAGUCCCAAGCACCGGGUACUGAAUUGCUCUACAAGUCGCACGUCAUGGCCUCGCAGGCUCCGCCCAGGGUAAUGACACACAUGUCAGGUUCCCAUCCGGCCCAGUACGGUCGACAGGUCAAUCGAGAGCCGGUCGAGAUGGGUAUAUAA